UCCAUUGUCCCAUUUUCACUGCAAAAUAUUUAGACGUUUCCUCUGCUGCGAAAGAAAAAAAAAAGAAACCAUUCUUCUCGCUUUUACAAAGUAAAGCAAGAGAGAGAGAGAGAGAGAGAGAGAGAAAGAGAGGGCUCUAACAUGCGCCUUAGUGCGCACCACGCACACUUCCUUUCCGUUUUCGCGCCAUCUCCACCGCCCUCCUCCGCCGUCUCCCCUGCCUCCACCGCCGGCGGAGGGAAAAUGAUAGCUUCCCUCUUCAUGGCGCUCCUCCUCCCCUGCGUCGCCAUGAGCGUCGUCUUCGUCAUCUACCUCUGUCUCCUGUGGUACUCCACGCGCCGUCGUCAAAGCUACGCGCCGUCGUAUUUCCCGGAACCGGUUAAGCCAGUGACCGGUAAGGGACUGUCGGUGUCGGAGCUCGAGAAGAUUCCUAAACUCACAGGAAAAGAGCUGGCAAUGGUGGGGAGAUCGACGGAGUGUGCGGUUUGUUUGGACGAUAUCGAGAGUGGGCAACCGGCGAGGCUGGUUCCCGGCUGCAACCAUGGAUUCCACCAAUACUGUGCGGACACGUGGCUCACCGACCACACUGUUUGUCCCGUUUGCCGAGCCGAACUCGCUCCUAAGCUCUUCGAGUGUGACGGAGACCAAAGCCCUUGCUGAAAAAACAAACCCCUCAAAUUGUCCCAAAAAAAAUCUUCUUAUUAUUCUUUUUCUUUUUCAUAACUUUUUUUUUUCUUUUUGGGUAUUUUUUUGCGAAGU